AUGUCCCAAGGCCAAGACUGUAGAAUAGUUGAUAGCCAACUUUCUCGCUUACCGAAGAUAAACAAGAAUCUCUUCAUCUCUUCCUACAUCAAGGACCAGAAGGCACUUGUCAAAGCCCAUGCAGACCAAGGACAUCCUCUUCUCACUUCCCCGCAUCCUUCACAGGUGCCUCUUCCUCAGAAAGAGCUCGGCGGCUUCGACACGCCUGUUUUGAAACCGCGCGUACCGAAGCCAAGGUCCAUCGAAUUCGCUCGACAGAAACCGCCAAAGCUAGCUUCAACAACCAACACUAUCGACAAACCGAAGCAGCAGAUCUCCGAGAAAGGCACUAAGAAAUCAUCGAUACCCCAGCCAGAACAUAAGUCUUCCAAGAAACAGGUCUCUAGCUCAUCAUCCAGGAAGCGGAAAGCCGCUGAGGUCUCGGACACCGAGCAACAAGCGCGUUUGAAAGAUCGCCGUGAACAAAGACAGGUCAAAAGGGCUAUCGUUCAAAAUAAAGAGAAUGAUGCCCGUUCUGAAGUCUCCGAUAAGGAUUCGAUAGAGUGUAAGAAGGGAAAACAGAAGCGGGGUAAGAAUAAAAUGCCUCCGGGCCUUGCGCUUAUGCAUGGGUUUUCUGCGACCAAUAUCGGAAAGAAUCGUCUGACUACCCAUCCACCGCCCAUUCUUGGUGUCUUUGGUAGGGGAAAAGCCUCAGAAAAAGCUAAAGUUACCGUCAAACGAGCAGAUGUCAGAGGUAUUCAAUUCUCCGAAGAGGUCUUCUUGAAUCGUCCGGCAAACUCCAAGACUAUGCAUUCCGCCAGAUGUCCUUCGGUGUCACCGUCCGAUAAUGACAUUGAUAAUGGUCGCAGCCUUAAGUCUGGUCCGAAUGACAAGCAUCAAAACCGACGCGAGAAGGGCAAAACGCACGCUACGCGUCCUCAAAAAAAGGAUACAGCCUCUGAAAUCGAGGAAUUGUCUGCUCUAGAGGAAGAUUCUGAUACAGAAAUGCCUUCUCCGGAUCGCUCUCUCAAGAAGAAAGCUUCUGAAUCCGAGAUUUGGGACAUCGAAAAGUCGGAUUUCGUACUUCCGUCCAAGUCUCCUUCUCCCAUCAGUAGUCCUGAAAUCGUACCAGUCGUAUUGGAUGCGCGACGCCUUCAUUGGACCUCGAGAGAGAAUCAGCCUCAUGCUUCAUCUCCCGUGACGUCUUCUUCGAGGUCGCCUCAUGUUCUAGUUGACCAUAUUCUCUCCAGUCCCUCCCUUGGUCCUUCUCAGUCAGCGUCACAGCAAGGACGUCAUCUCCAUCCUGUCGCUCUGCCUGCUAUUUGUGUACCCUCGAAAUAUUUUUCUUCUGCGGCUGCUCCUAUCGUUCCCAGUGCACUACCCAAAGUCAGUAUAGAACCUGCGAGAAACACAAUAGCCGAUACAUACCGGUCCGACCCUCAAUCCGCUGUCGUCGAGUGCACAAUUCUCGACGAAAUGACUGCCAAUCCGCCUCAACGUGUGCAUCUUCAUCAGUAUCAUCAUAUUCCUCCUGUACUCGAACGUCAUGUUCCCCCCGAAAUCCUAGACGGGAAUCAGGAGCAGGAUAAUUUGACCAUGGACGUGUACGAAUGUGACGAACAUUUCCUGGAAGGCAAUGCGUGGCGCCAUUCAAGGGAGUAUCCUGCUCAUUAUCGAUUCCAUCAUGCAAGCAUUGCUCCCUUUCUUGGUGAAUACGAAUACGCGACGGACUUGGACUUGGACUACCAACAAACUCUUCAUGACGAUGCAGCCUUACAGAUUGAGGACGAAACUUUUGAAAUGAGUGAUGGUCGGGUUAUGGAACCCAUUGUCUCGCAGAGCUAUAUCGGCCUAGAGCAUUACUAUUUGGAUUCCUCCUACGGUUACCCAGAUGACGGGGAUUACUGGAAUGAAGGGUACGAUGAAGACCUAUUCGAUGUUUUUGAUGGCAGCGAUCAGCAUUCACUUAACCUAUACGAGCCUUACGACAUAUCUGGACAUGGCUAUCUGGAUGAGUUUGCUUCCAAGUCGCUCUCAGUCGAUGAUGUAUGCGUUGACAAUGAAGGUGGGCAGAUGGACGAAAGUUUAGUUUUUCAAGCUCAACCUUCGCCUGAGCUUAUGGCACCCACAGAAACUUCUAACAGUUUAGAAGACGAUCCUCUUGGAGACGCGCACACUUUCCUUGAGGGUCGAGGGCUGUUGUGUGGUUUUUCUAAAGCGUUUUCCCGAGAUUUCAAUAGAAUAGAGCAGGGUCCAACCCCUACAGAGGCACAAGUGGCUAAAACAUUGCGUGGCCACUGGUUACCGCAGAGAUUGUGA